CUCUCGUGUUGCUGUCUUUUGUCAAGUUUUCUCUCCCACCCUUCUCAUCUGUAUAAAUACCAAAUCUGGAAGAAUCUCCAAGAAAGGAAGGAGAAGUUACUCAUCAGGAGCUGACAGAUCCAAAAGUUUGCCUCAGGAUGAUCAGAAUAGUCCAGCUAUUGUGUCUUUCUGGCCUUCUUUUACGGUGUGAAGGUCAGGGUCUCACAACAUGCCUCACUCAGCCCACAUACAGACUGGCAGAAAACGCUGACAUGACAGUGGUGUGUGGAACCAGUCAAAUGUUUUUAAAAGUUCUCAUUUGUCCAAUGUAUUUUGCGGGAUACAAUGAAUCCCUAAUGGCACUGAAUGCUAAGUUUAGCACCCCAGCCUGCCGUGGAGUAGCGGACUGGACUGUUAAUCCUCCCGUCCUGCUGUUCAACUUCUCAAUCUCUCAGGAGGCGCUCGUCCUUUGUGGCAACAAUAUGAACAUUUUUAGUCAAGUGGGAUCAGGGAUAUUCUCCGACUUCUCCCAAAUCCAGUCCGUUAAUAUCUCUGGAUUAAUCAAUUCCUGGGAUCCCAGCACCAGCACUAUCUCUUACAGGCAACAACUGAUGUACCAGUUUUCGUGUCUGUAUCCACUGCAGUAUUUAGUCAACAACACUGAGCUCGGCGUGUCAGGAGUGAGUCUAGCAGUAAAGGACAACAAUGGCAGCUUCGUCAGUACUCUAAGCAUGGCUCUUUUCAGUACUGCCGACUACACAACCAGACUCCAGAUACCAGGAUCUGGGCUGCAGUUGAAAACUCGCAUAUAUGUGCAGAUCAAGGCAACAAAUCUCACAAACAAGUUCAAUGUGUUGCUAGACCGUUGCUAUGCCACAACAAGCCCGUAUCCAGCCCUCAGCACCUCUUACGAUCUUUUUAUUGGGUGUAAUCGUGAUGCCCAGACAAAGAUCGAUCGGAAUGGGAUAUCCCAGGAAGCUCUCUUCUCCUUUGAGGCCUUCCGCUUUGUGGAACACAAAAACCUGUCCGUCUCCACUUUCUACCUGCAUUGUGCUACCAGACUCUGUGAGAACUCCACUUGCGCCAACUUGCUUCCGAAAUGCAUUACGAAAAGAGAAGUACAGUCUCCAGUGUACAACUCUUCUGAUGUUGCCACUGUCUCCUCAGGACCAAUCAAAACUAAAGUUGACAGCGGUACAAAGAAUCAUAUAAUAGUUCUAUCAAAAUAACUAAAGUUACUGAUUUGUACUGAUUUCAAAUUCUCUUCCACUUCUUCCUCAGGUGGCCCUGUGUCCGCUUUAUGUAAGA